AAUUGAAUGCAGCUGGCCUAAGAUUUUGGAAUUUCACUUUGCAUGUGAAACACCCAUACGAGUUCCGUAUGAAUCAUAAUCCUUGUUCUCGAGGAUCACGCCUCCAUGAUAGAAAUUGGUCCCCUGCUACGAAUCUCUGUCGGAAGAAAAAGGGUACAGAACAAAGAAAGGACCAACCAAAUUCUACGAACCCUCGUGAAAAGGACAGAGGUAAGCGUGGGGUCAAUCGCGUGAACGAAGCAUGUGAUGAUUUGGACUUUGACUCUUUCGUUCAUAGGCUCCUUUUGGAAAGUUUAGUUCCGGUUUUUGAUAUGAGGGUUAGGUUUGCGGCAAAAGUAGAGGGGACAGGUGCACCAUUUGAAGGAGACAACUCCCAACAUUUCCAAUCAUUAGAUAAGAUGGAACAAACUACCUCACAAGAGGAGGUAGACUGGAUAGGAGAAGACGGAGAAAAGCUAUCCCACAACCAGAAAGUUCAUACACUUACCAGGUCAAAUAGCUGCUCUCUGCCUUAUAGAAAACCUGGCCAUGCAAUCAAGGAUGGCGCUGCAUGCUUCAGUAAACGACAUCUCUAG